AUGUUCAACGCCAAGUCCCUGCUUGUCGUACACGGCCUUGUCUUGGGCCUUAGCUUGGCAGUCAAAGCAGUGCGGCUCAUCAACGAUGGUGCUGCCGUAUUUGAUUCACGAGGAUUCACGGGACUGCAGAUCGCGCUGGUAGUAGUACGAAACGCUUACCGGAUCAGCCAGUUCAGCCACAGAAAGCCAAGCACAAAGAUAGCGCCGAAGCUGCAGGAGAGGCAGUGUCGGAGCUUUGAAGAGAAUUCGCCCAAGCAUUCAGUGAUUCGGCAAGAGCAGGGACACGUCCGUUACGUCCAGUUCCGUGGCGCCCGAGCCAGCGACCAGCUGGGCUGGCUCAGGGUCACUCGGGCCGGUGUGGCCCUGCCCCGGACGGCCAACUUGUCGGAGAGUGGGAAAGUCGGAGGGCGGAUGAGAGAUCGGAGCCUUGCACCGCCACGCAUCUGCCCAGGAACUGCCCGUUUGGCCUCCGCAUGCGACAAGGCAAGCGGCAAGGUGUAA